UGGCUUGAAGAAAUGUGAUGGCAUAUGUGAUUAUUCCGCACACCAUCAUUGCACUGGAGUCUUGCAUAACAAUCAUGACAGCUAAACGGGAGUAGGGCGCACAGUGAGAUGGAGUUUAAUGUUGAAGGGCUCCCGGCUCACUUCCGGUCUGUUCUGCAGCUGUGAAUGCAGGAACUUUGACAAGAGCGUUUAGCUGCUAGCUAACGACAGACUGCAGCCGCCGGACCCAAGUGACACAACUUACAAACUACUCUAUGUAAGAUGAACACUGAGGACAAGUUGGAAGGGAUGCUGCUGAAGUGCAGCAGCGGAGGAAUGGAUGGAGGAGGGCGGGUCGCACUGGGUCCCGGGGGAGGACUGGUGGUGAUGACCCUCGGCGAGCGAUCGCUGGCAAACCACCCUCUGCUGGCCGAGGACGACGACGAAGAGGACGACGACGAGGACUUGACCGGAAGCUCGCUAGUUACACACGACCUGGUCCCCCCAGAGCAGCUGAUGAUGCAGGAAGAGAUGACUAAGAAUGGUGCAGGAGGAGAAGAGGAGGGAGGCGGCGAGGUGGGAGUGCAUUUCCCCCUAAAACUCACCAAUAAGUUGCCCUGCUUGCUUCAAAUGCCAUUGAGCAUCAAGCAGGAGCUGAAGCUGUCCGAGCCAGCAGUCCAUAUAAAGAAGGACAAGAAAGCAAUGAAGGACUUGAUGGUUUGUCCCAAGAAGAAGAAAAGGAAGCAACGGUCUCCGGCCAAGAUUCUUAGCAUCAAUGACGACGGGUCAAUAGCGAUACCAAACCCCAAGUGUCACGUCUGUGUUCAUUGUAAUGCUGCAUUCAGAACAAACUACCACCUGCAGAGGCACGUCUUCAUCCACACCGGUGAGAAGCCGUUCCAGUGCAGCCAGUGCGACAUGCGCUUUAUUCAGAAGUAUCUCCUCCAGAGACACGAGAAGAUCCAUACCGGAGAGAAGCCUUUCCGCUGCGAUGAGUGCGGCAUGAGGUUCAUCCAGAAGUAUCACAUGGAGAGACAUAAGAGGACUCACAGUGGAGAAAAGCCUUACCAAUGUGACUACUGUCACCAGUACUUUUCCAGAACAGACCGAGUUUUAAAGCACAGGCGAAUGUGUCACGAGAACCGAGAGAGAAAAGCAAACAAGACCGCCGGUAAAGCUGGAUCUUUACGCGAAACUGAUUCUUUAGGAUCCACCUUUCUUGCCAAAGAGUGCGCGCUGCCCAAGAAGAAACGGCAGAAGUGUGCGGACAAGAGUUCAGGAGCUUCCACCGCUGCUGAGCCGGAAGGACACACGUUCACCGUGGUAGAAACGGAAGAGAAGGACGAGCAGAAGCAGAAUAAAAUUGAAGGUCUCUCGCUAUAUGCUGUGUCCUCUAAAGUCAAACACGAGUACGUGAUCACCGACUACUCCGUGGAGCUUCCUGAAGAAACGGCGAGCCAGCACCAAGAGGACGACGUGUCGGCAGAAGAGGCGACUCCGCCCAAGCUUGUCCUGAAAAAAGUGGCCAAGAAGAGUCUCAAGCAGUCCAGCGAGCAGACGCCUCCCUGCUUGUCCACUUUGUCCUCGUUUGAGGACAACAGUAAGGUCACGCAGUACACGUUCGAGAUCGUAGACAAGCAAGGCCUCUUAGAGGUCGAAGGCGCCGCUGAGCCGGAGUCGGUGGACUCUCUGCAGGUGGGACCGGCGAAGCCCGCCGCCAGCAGCACAAACUACGACGACGCCAUGCAGUUCCUCAAGAAGAAGCGUUACCUCCAAGCCGCCAUGGCCAACAACAGCCGGGACUACGGCCUGAACUCCAGCAGCAUCUCCUCUCAGCCGCCCGUCACGCAGACGGUGGUGUCCGCCGUCAUCGACGAAACUGUUCCCGUCACCAUACUGGAGCCGCAGCCAAUCAGCACGGAGCUGAAGGCCGCUCACGACAAGAGCGUCCUGCCGGACGAGGUUCUGCAGACGCUGCUGGACCACUACUCCAACAAGGCCAACGGGCAGACGGACAUCUCCUUCAGCGUGGCCGACACGGAGGUGACCUCCAGCAUAUCCAUCAACUCCUCCGACGUGUCGGACGGCAGCCCCGUGGAGAGCCUGGGGGCCCCGAGCGCCCAGGCCCCGCCGCCCGCCGAGAAGGUCAGCCUGUUGCAGGAGUACUCCAAGUUCCUCCAGCAGGCGCUGGAGCGGACCAGCCAGAACGACAGCUACCUGACGAGCCAGAGCCUCAGCCUGGCGUCGGAAAACCCCACGCUGGCCGGACAGCCGCUGUUCUCCACGGAGAAGCAGUUCCCCUCCCCCAGCAGGUUCAAAUCAGGGAUGAGCUCGCCGCUGAGGUCCGCGCUGGACAAGCCUCACUUCGGGCUGCUGGUGGGGGACUCGCAGCACUCCUUCUCCUUCUCGGGGGACGAGACCACCCCGCCCUCCGCCGUGUCUCCCGCCGAGGAGGACUUCCUGGAGCAGGUGUCGCCCUCGAAAAAGACGGACUCCCCGCAGGCGAUACUGCAGACGUUUCAGAUCAACUCCUUCGAGCAGAACUUUAAAUCCCACUUCCAGACGUCCAGGUCUGGAUCUUCCUCGCAGUUUACCGUCGCCAACGGACAGGUGGGCGUCCGGGGACACAGCACAGACUUCUCCGAGUUCCCUUUAGUCCGAGUCACCGAGACCAGGUCUCAGCUGAACUCCUCCCCCGACGUUUCAACCAGUGAAUCGUUUGGCUGAAAGAAAGCAGAAGAGAAGAACUCAUUUCUGUUCAUUUCAGCAGCACUUUAUCUCAUCUCUCCUGUUUUGCCAAAACGAGUCCCGCAGUGAACAUGUGCUCUCUUCUUCUUCUUCUUCUUCUUCUUUUUAAAGCUGUGUGUCCGAGCAGAUCUGCCCCUGUAGUUCAACUUCCAUAAUCUUAGAGAAGAUAAUGAAAUUUGAUUUAAUCAUAUUUCUAAUUAGUAGUUCCCCUUUGAAAAGACAUUAAGCGACCAAAGUGUGAUGCUAGAGAUUGAUCAAUGCUCCCUCGUGCAUUGCCAUAGUUUAUUAAUGUUGGUGUCAAUCAGUUUGCCUGCACAAAAAAAAAAAGAUCAAGUUACUCCUGCUGCUUAAUGCAAUAUUUCCUCUUACUAAAAUGUAGGUUGUAUUCUCUGUAUGCACACCUUUUUGUUUUUACUGUAGCUACCUCCCAAUGCGGGUUAGUCUUAAAAAAAAAAGAAAAAGAAAAGAAAAGAAAACUGCAUAUCUGGUAGAACUGUUUGAAUACAGUUGUUUAAACUGACGCCACAACAAUAACAGUCAUUCUUCACUUUACGUUGAAGUCACUUUAUUUGCACCUGAGAUGGACGGUUCCCACAGGAACGAUUUGAUUGAUUGUAUUUAACUGGUCUGGAAACAAGGUCUUUUAACCCCCCUUUUACCUCCCUCCUCCCCCUGAAAGAUUGGAUCUAGUUUAGUGCAAUAUGCCCAAAAAUGUUUGUCUGGGUGAAUGUCGCCCUGCGGCUGUGCUGUCUAGAAGCUAAGCUUUGUUAGAUUUUGAUUUUAAAUCAAGUUUUCUCUUCUCCCCCUCCCACCCAAAAAAAAGAGAUUUGGGCCUUACUUAGCUGCACACAUGUAAUAGUUGCAGGAUAAUUAGUUUAUAGGCGUGAACUGUAGUGAAGUGGCCUAACAGCGUUGUGCUUUUUGUUUGCACAAUUUGCACAUUCUUCGCUACGCCUGGAAUGUAUGAGUCUGUGUUUCAGGACCACAUUAAGAAGGAAAAAUUCAAGUCAGAGAAUUCAGAGAUAGAGGUAUAUCUAUUUAACAAAAAAACAAUGUGGAGAAAUUGAUCUGCUUGAAUUUGACUUUGUUUCACAACAAAUUCCGUACUUAAAUACUUUUUCCUUCACUGUGGUCCUGCUGCUCCGUCUCAAAUGUAGUGUGUAUUUCCACAGUACCUUUACUCACAUGCAACUGUCUUUGAAAAUCAAUAUGCAGUAUAAACCACUUAAAAAGUCGGCGUCAGAUUGAGUGUAUCUGAAUCUGUCAACAGUCUUGAUGCAGCCGUGGCGGCUACAGCUUGUUGCUCCUAAAUGUUACGAUGGUUCCUGGACGCGAGAACCCCCAUACGAGUGGAAAUGAGGUGCUUGGCUUUCAAUCAUUUUUAAUUUUUUUUUUUUUUUUUUUGCAUUUGUGCCUUUUCCUUUUUAAUUCCAACAUUUCCAUUCCUGCACAUGUAAUUCUGUACACCCUGUCCACGCUCCAAGGUUACUAAUUCCACUUGCACAAUAACAACAACCUACAUAUAAGCUAUGAAUUUUUUUUCUCUGCAAUCUGGGAGCUUUAUUUAAUUGUACUUGUUUUUAUUUUAAAUCAUUUUCUGCACAACAUCGGUUGAAUUCUCAGACGUUUGGCGGUCGGAAGGAGAAACAUUAGACGGCGUGUGCUGUGCAUUCGUGUUUCAGAACGUUUGUUAGAUGGCCGUAGAUUUUUCCUAAAAUCUAGUAAUAAGAUAAACGUGUCCAGGUUUUUAUGAAAGGUCUUCAUACGAGUGAAUUAGUGCUUUAUGACGCUCGGUUUCCUGUGUGCACACGCGACGCGGUCGGUGCUGUUGCGUUGUUCGUAAAGCCGGUUGUUUGUUUGAAGAAGCUGAUAUUUAAAGCUCCCUUUUGUUACAGCUCCACUGACAAUCAGGGACGAGGCGGCACCGCAGCCAAUCAGCGACAACUCUGUUUAUCCUCAUCGACCAUUCCCUCUAGAUUGAACAGAAAGAAUCCUGCUGUAAAUACAUUGUAUAUCUUUAUGUUCUGAGAAGUACUGUUAGGUCUUAGUCGAUAGGGGGACGAGGAGCCAAGAGACACUUGUUUUUUUUUUUUGUUUUUUUUUUUUGUCAGUGGAAGGUUUUUUUUUUGUGUGGAAAGAUUCCCAACAUGGCAUGGCUUUCUGAGAGUUGUAUAUAUCUUGUACUGGACCCUUUUUAAAGAACCAUUGCAGAUUUUUUUUUUUUUUUUUUUUUAUUGUGAGUGGUUGCAUUACGAUGUACAGUUGUGAGAAGCCUGCCAUCCCCAGAAGAUUCUUUUUUUGUGUGUGUGUGUGUGAUCCCACCUGAAAUCAGCCUUUUUGGUGUCAUAUAUUUACCCCAAAUGACUAUGAGCAGCUGGAAACAUGCAGUCGUGUUUCUAAAAUGCUCCACUGUCUCAUUGUAAGCAAUCUUUCAAAGCACAUUGCAGGGAAGUAAUUCUGCUCCAUAAAUGGUUUCCCCACUGAUUUCUUCUCGAAUUGCAGAACUGAAAUGCCAAACUGUUUGGAAACCCUCUCAUCCACGUAAGCAGUACUACGGUAUUUCUUCCUUUUUAAUUGCCUGUUGUCAGUAAACUGGCCAUAAGUGUCCUUGUAUAAGCUAGAGAAAAAAAUAA